GGCGAAAAGCCUCGAGUUCAGAAACACGAGUUUUGGACGCCUUAUCCACAACCUAUAUCGCCCAUGUCUACUCCUACAGAGCCCGUCGAUGCCGCCUUUCCCUUUAACCACCCUAAAGCCGAUGUCAUCAUACGCUCAUCGGACCAAGUAGAUCUUCGCAUGUUCAGACUCUUACUAUCUCUCGCAUCUCCCGUCUUUGAAACCACAUUCGCAUUACCACAGCCACAGCCUCCAUCACCAAUACACAGCGCAAGCGAUAGUAACAGCGACUUCAAAGACGGUCUACUCGUCGUUCACCUAUCAGAAGACAGCAAGACGUUGCGCGUGUUCUUAGGCCAUUGUUUGCCUGUCACCAUCGCAAACAAACCUGAAUUGAAGACUUUGGAAGACGUAGCUGCCAUGCUAGAGUUGUCGACGAAAUAUGAAGCUCAGGAGCUGGAAAAGAAAGCGAGAAAAGCUCUCGCGGGUCCUCAGUUUAUGGAGGCGCCCCUUCGCGUGUUUGCUGUUGCAUGUAGAUUUGGGUUAAAACCAGAGGCCAUGGCGGCAGUCCAAUACGCAUUGUGUGAACCGCUUACGGACAUUCCGGAUGUCAAGGAGAUGGAGUUUAUCAGUGCAAGGGAUUUUGGGCGACUUCAAAAUUAUCAUACGAGGUAUGGGGCAGCAGCUCAAGCUCUGUUAGAAAGUACCGGGUGGCUCGACAGGGCAAGGAGGCUGGUAGUUCGGGACUACCAUGAAGUGCAUACAGGUAGUGUCUGCAAAGGCUACAAGGACGAUGCAGGCAUUCCUAGAUGGUGGAAUGCUUAUGUUGAAGACGCCAUUCCUCGAGUGCAAGUCACGCCUUGUAAAGUGAUUUUAUCGGAGAAGCUGAAACGGACGGUGAAUGAGAUCUACGCACCGUGUAGGUCAUGCGAGUACAUGGCUCUAGAGGCGAUACAACAGCUUAGCUGUGGGCUACAAACUGCUGUAGGAGUUUUUGCAAAAACGCUGCAAAUCAAACUAGAUCUUGGAUUUUGACCGCCGAGUGUAUAGCUCCAAUAUUAUUAUACUCGGGCUACUUAGCUAGAGAACCACUCCUUUAAAUUGUAACAAUAUUCCUACUUGCGCGUAGUGUUGUAUAGAUAGGAGCUUGUCCAAUGUCGGUUUAUGUCGGUUUAAAUCGUGCAUUUGUCUAAAGGAUAC